CAGAAGUGAUUUAAAAGUGUAGCUGAAGGAAUGAUAAAGCUUUUGUCAACGUCUUCCUCUAAGAUGGAGUUAAGACAUUCACUAAAAGUUAGUGCACAGAGUUUCGCUGUAUUUUUUGGAAGAUGAGACAUUCUCUCAAAUUGAUCGGUGAGUCCUUCAGGUCUCAGUUCAAAUCGCCUCACAGAUGCAGGUGCGUGCUUUUUAAAUAUUCUACCUAAAGAUUGCGCUGACAAGUUUAAUUUUAAUUCGGUUCUAAAAGAACUGCCCUCCCCCAUCCCAACACGCCCUUUUCCCUGUUGCUCUGGCCCCAGGAUGACAGUGGUAAAAAGAAGGAUGACUAGCCCAUAGCAGUGUGUCAGCCUUACUAAACGAUUAGACUAAAGAGGCCUGGGAAUGUAGCCAGUGACUGGUUCAAUGAUCGAAGACAUGCUAAUUGCUCCCACGGGGGCUUAUAGGGCGAAACAGAGGGCGGAUUCUGAGAACUGUGGAAAUGUGGAGGAGAACAGUCUUCUGAUUUGAGAAAGAAGAGGACAUUUUUCUCAAGAUGUAAACAAGUUGUGCUUCGAGACCGUUGGGACACGAGGCUGACUGUAACCUGGGGAGGGGCUGACAUUUUGCUGUCACUGGACGUCUGAGAGUCCACGCCUGUGUGUUUGGUGAAGAGAACGUUAGCAUACUGCUGGAUGGAUGAACUACUCCAGUUUGGACCUAAACAAAGAUGGAGAAACAGAUGGAUAAAACAAACUUUACUUGCGUGACAAUCUCUCAAAGCCCUAUCAGUGACUUCCUGAUGGGCAUCUACAUCCUGGCCUUCAUCCUGGGAUUGGCCUUUAACCUCUUGACCCUUGGCCCCAUCGUCCAGCAGGUCCGCAGCCAGAACGUCCUUGGGGUAUUCCUGCUCAACCUGUCCCUGUCUGACAUACUCUAUAUCCUCACCAUGCCUCUCUGGAUCAACUACUACCACCAGGACCACCACUGGAGCCUGGGCAGCCUCUCCUGCAGCGUGGCUGGCUUCUUCUACUACUCCAACAUGUACCUUAGCAUCUACCUGCUGUGCUGCAUCUCUGUGGACCGCUGCCUGGCCGUCACCUACCCCCUGAGGACCAAGGCCUUCCGCAGCAUACGCUACGCCUGGGUGCUGUGUCUGGUUGUGUGCGUGGCUGUCAUGUCCGCACACGGCCUGGUGCUGUUCAAGGACAACCUGCAGGACGCCCACGACGACACGCAGGACCGCUGCUACGAGACCUACCCCAUGCCAAAGCCCGUGGCCCUGUUCAACCUGCUGCGGGUGGGCUUCGGCUUCCUGCUGCCCCUGCUGGUGCUGGGGCUCUGUUACUGGAGAAUCAUGGGCCAGGUGAAGCAGAGCGAGGGGCUGGGGGAGCAGGUUAAGAGGAAGGUACGGCUGCUCUCCUUCGGGGUGAUGGGGAUCUUCUCUGUGUGCUUCGCCCCCUACCACCUCCUCCUGCUGACCCGUUCACUGGCCUACUACUAUAUGGGCGAACAGAGGUACUGUGAGUUUGAGGAGAUCAUGCACUUCCCCUUCUCGUGCACGCUGGCCCUGUCCAGCCUGAACAGUGUGGUGGACCCAGUGCUGUAUGUGCUGAUCAGUAACGGGGUGAGGGAGGACAUGAGACUGUGCUGCUGUGGGAAUAGAAAGAGUCAAAGGGAGAGAGACAGUUCCGUCAUCGCAGUAACAUGGAAGACACAUACAAACAUGAUCUGAUUACAUACAGUGUUUGUGUGCAGGGUUGGGUGGGUUACUUUCUAAAUGUAAUCAAUUACAGUUACUAGUUACCUGUCUAAAAUUGUAAUCAGUUACGUAACUUUUGAAUUACCCAAACUCCCUUUCUGUUACUUUUGGACGAAAAGGAUCCAUCAAAUUUGGUGUGUAUUCAUAGUGAUCCCUGACUCGCUCAGGUGGAAUAAACGGAUGCUUUUUCAAUACUGAAUUGAAUACCAUUGAGAAAACAACAUCCUUUCUGAAUUAAAAAAUAAUCUAAAAAGUAAUCAUCUAGUUUUUCAAAAGUAUCUGUAAUCUGAUUACAAUAUUCUUGCUGGUAACGUAACUGAAUACAGUUAGUUUUUUUUGUAAUCAGAUUACAUGUAACUGUGAGCGUGUCUGUUGUAUUUAUGCCCUUCCUCUACUGCAGUAAAUCCCUUCCGUGCACAUUGUAAAAAAAAAGGACAGCAUGUUUGGCAGUGGGACUUCAAUAACAUGUUCUUUCAUAUCAACCCACUUCCAUGGACAAUCAGUCAAUCAGGUUGUCCUUAAAAUGUUCAAAGAAAAGGACUGCAGCCUUUGUGUAGUUUUUCUAAUAUCCUGCUUGGUGAUGAGGAUGGAUAUUCAUUCAUAUGCAUCAUGUUCUUUUUAAUUGGAGCUUUCUCUUAAUGCCUGUCCUCAUUGGUAUGGAAAAUCCUUUCAAAGGCUGUCUGUUCUGGCUUUAUGUUACAGGGUCGUUCCGCUUGAAGGACCCUUGUAUCUCUUCAGGUCUGCCAGAGGUUUUUGUUGAUAUACGCUUGGUUUACAAAUGAACCUUUUAUAUUCUAAUUUGCCUGCUUUGUGGACCGACAAAUGAGAACAUUGUUCAAUUUCGUAUUUAUCCUAAACAAAAUCUAUGUAGUAAACAAUGCUGGUGUUGAAAUCCCAGAAAAUACAGUACGGGACAAUGAAGACAUGUUGACAAUGUUCAUCCAAUAAACAAAAAAGGAAGCUA